AUGGUUAGAAUUACCCGCGAGGAGCUAGACGAUCGCGUGCAACGAGCCCGGAGUGAGAACGCAUCCCAAUCCCACGAAGAAUCGCGUAAGGAUAGACAGCUCCGUAAACAGAGGCUUCGUACCGCAGAGGCCCGCUACCGCAAGGCAAUCCAAGAAUUGGAGCAGCUUGAGUUAGUUGAAACCCCAGCACCAACUGAAUCCGGACAGAUGAGAGUAACUGGUCCGGCGGUAGAGAGUGAGGAGAAGACAGAAGAAGACGAUCCGGCUGAGCAUCAACGACGAUUUGAGGAGGACGCGCAUUGCGAACACCCUGUCGACAAUGCCCGCGGCUUCCAGAUUGGAGCGUCAGGGAAUGCAGACGAUAGAGCUGCGGCUACACGUGCGCGCGAUGCGGAAAGAACACGGGCCAGGCGAGCUGCUAUGACGAGCUCACAAAAACUACGGACACGAGCGAAGGAUGCGGAGAGGAAGCGGAUACGUAGAGCUAACAGAUCCGACUCCCGAGUUAUCUUAGACCGCGGACGAGAUGCCGAGCUAGCGAGGGUACGACGCGAUCGAAUGGCUCCAGAAGACCUGGCAGCUCAUCAAGCGUAUUAUCGAGAUGCGCAGUCCAACCACAGAGCCACAAGAACAGAGGAGGACAGUCAAAAUGCAAGGAUUCGUGAUGCAGUGGGACACGACAGUCGCAGGGAAGGCAUGUCAGAUGCACAGCGCCAAGCGGAGCGUGACCAAAAUACAGACGCACACCGAUAUCGCAGGAACGGCAUGUCCGAUGAGCAGCGUCACGCUGAGCGUCAUGUAAACGCAGCACAGCGGAGAGACUUCAGAGAGGGCAUGACGGAUGAGCAGCGCCAAGCUGAGCGCGAUCAAAACACAGCUGCCCGGAGAGACUUCAGAGGGGGCAUGACGGAUGAGCAGCGCCAAACUGAGCGCGAUCAAAACACAGCUGCGCGGAGAGACCAUAGAGGGCGCAUGACGGAUGUGCAGCGCCAAGUAGGUCGCGAUGAGAAUACAGCGGCGCGAAGAGACCAUAGAGGGCGCAUGACGGAUGUGCAGCGCCAAGUAGAUCGCGAUGAGAAUACAGCUGCGCGAAGAGACCAUAGAGGGGGCAUGACGGAUGAGCAGCGCCAAGUAGAUCGCGAUGAGAAUACAGCGGUACGAAGAGACCAUAGAGGGGGGAUGACGGAUGAGCAGCGUCAAGCAGAGCAUGAGCGGGACGCAGCCGCGCACAGAGCUCGAAGAGACGCCAUGACGGAAGAACAAAGGGAUCAGCGAAAAGAGCAAGAGCGGUUCCGCAGACGAUCUCGGCAGUAUAAGAAGGGCCUCGCGUACCACGAUAGUUUUGACCCUUCCACGGUGGCUGGUGGCCGUCAUUACUUUACGCGUUACACGGACGACAACGGGGAGAACGAGCGAGUUUGUCACUACUGCAACGCUUGGAAGUUUCCGCAAGAAACCGACGGAUGCUGCUGUCGUAACGGACUGGUGUUCGUUCCAUCUUCGCGAACAGCACCUGAUGCUCUACUAUCACUUUUCGAAAACCCGACCUUCAUGCGGUCAAUCCGAGCCUACAACAACGUAUUCGCAUUUACGUCCAUGGGAGCUUCGCGGUCUCGGCCUCUCAACGUCGACGAAAGCGUGACACGGAAUGGUGUCUACAACUUCCGGGUACAAGGGUCAGUGUGCCAUCGCUUGGGUUCGUUACUACCUCCAACAUUCGGCCGCUCCAUGUAUGCCCAAGUUUACUUUAACGAUCCAGACAUGGAUGCGCGUGUGCGAAGCCGUAUGAACAUGACGCAAGGCCUCGAUCGCGCCGUCAUGGAAACAAUUGACCAGAUGAUGGUGGCGCACAAUCCGUACACACAAGAAUUUAUCAACGCGCGUAGAUUUUUGAUAGAUCGUGGCUGGGAUGCGUAUGCAGCAGCCAUCAGGGAACACGAACGACGCCGAGCGGCAGGGGAAGACGUUGAUGACCAUGACCCGUCGUUAGCCUUGAGUAAUUUUCUUCCGGAGGGGGAUCACCUUCAGCUGCGUCUGCACGUCACACGGAAUGCGAAUCCGGGUACGCAUAACACCCCAACUGCAUCAGAGGUGGCAGCCGUUGUGAUCGACACAAACGCGGCUGAGCAUCGGGAUAUUAUCCUACACACAACAGGAGGAGGUUUCAAGCGCAUCUUUGAGACGAGCGUUACCUACGACCCACUGCAGUACCCUCUACUGUUUCCCUAUGGAGACAAUGGAUGGACUUACGAUAUCCCCUACGUUGGUAAUCCCGUCGAUCGCCACGGUGACCCCUUAACCAUGUCCGUUCGGGAAUAUGAGGCGUAUCUGCUUUACGACCGGACGGUUAGUAAUUCUCUUAUCCUGCGCGGUGGGCGACUGACGCAGCAAUACUGCGUUGACCAAUGGGCCAAAUGCGAACAAGAACGCCUGCGCUUCAUCAAGAAGAACCAGCUCCAGUAUCGAUUGGAAACCCUCCAGGGACUCACGGACGCGUUGCGUGGCGAGUCUGUUGAAAUCCACAGAAUGGCAGCUGACGACGAGGCGGCCAUACGUAGGACUCGGCGUGGGGAUAAUACGGAGCAGGAGUCAGCGGAGCCAGAUGCGGGUGAGGUUGGACGCAAGAUAAUCAUACCUCCGAAGUUUACAGGUGGUCCCCGCUAUAUGUACCAACGCUUCUUGGAUGCCAUGGCUAUCGUCCGUGAAACAGGAGCCCCGAACCUGUUCAUUACGAUGACAUGCAACCCGAACUGGCCUGAGAUCAAGGAAAACUUACGCCGUGGAGAGAAAGCAUCCGACCGACCGGACAUCGUGGCUCGCGUGUUCAUGGAGAAACUAAAAGCUCUUAACAAGGAUCUCGAUGAGGGUGUGCUGGGGAUUCAAGCCGCUCGAGUCCAUGUAGUGGAAUAUCAGAAGCGUGGUCUUCCCCACGCCCACAUACUGCUUAUCCUGCGUCCGGAGGACAAGCCCACUACCAAGGAAGACGUCGAUAAGCUGGUGUCCUCGGAGCUCCCGGAUAAAGAGAAGUACCCCGAGCUGUACGAUACGGUGAUUUCUAAUAUGCUGCAUGGACCCUGUGGUCAACAGAACCCGAAUUGCCCGUGUAUGAAGAACGGAAGGUGUUCCAAGAAGUUUCCAAAGGCGCUCGCAGCCGAAACGGUGAUGACCCCCGACAAAUACCCCACGUACAAGCGUGGUCGCCGUCCGGAUGGAAUUCUGUGCCAUAAGGGGAAAGUAUGGGACAACGCGACCAUCAAUCAAUGGGUGGUCCCGUACAAUCCGUUCCUGUCGCAGAAAUACAACUGCCACAUUAACGUCGAGGUUUGUGCCACGAACAAGGCCAUCAAGUACAUCUACAAGUACGUCUACAAGGGCUCGGACAUGACGACAAUCACGAUUGAAGGCGAAGAAAUUCGGGCGAGCGAAAUUCUUCAGUAUCUCCUCGGGAGGUAUAUUUCUCCGGUAGAAGCUUGCAUGCGGCUAUUCAUGCAUCCAACACAAGGAUCAACACAUUCUGUUGUGACGCUACCUAUUCAUUUGGAAAGAAUGAGCAUGGUUGCUUAUCGCGACCAAGCGACGACCCCCCAGCUUCACAACUUGAUUAACCGCGGGGACAGAUCAAUGCUGACGGAGUUUUUCAAGCUGUGCGCGCGUAACCCAGAAGCUACAGCAAAUCUACUGUACAAGGAUGUACCGCGGAAGUACAGGUGGACGGAACACAAGACGUGGGAACCGUACAAGAAGUACGUUGCUUCUCUGGGACGCUUGGUACACGUAUCUCCGCAGGACCCAGAACGCUUCUACUUGCGACUUCUCCUGUGUAACCGACGCUCGCCUAAGUCCUUUGCGGAUCUUCGAACGGUUGAUGGUACGGAACAUCCUACAUAUCAGCAAGCCGCUUUGGCGCUUGGGUAUUUGGAAAAUGACGACGAGUGGAUACAUUGCUUACGCGAAGCCGCCGAGGUCAAGAUGCCGUACCAGCUACGCCAACUCUUCGGCAUCAUUUUGGUUUACUCCAUGCCUGGUAAUGCCAAAGAUCUAUGGGACAGGUUCAAGAAGGAUAUGUCAGAGGAUUAUGCACGAAGCAUUGAGGUAAGAGACGCAGACCUGCAUAAUGUACGCGAAGAGGAGGUGCGUCUUCGAAUGGCGGAGUACAAGUCGUUGAAGAAUUUGGCUGAUUACUUGGUUUCGAACCAAAAGUCCCUCGACAUGUACGGCCUUCCUCUGCUAGCCGAUUACGACGAUGUAUCCGCUCAAGUAGACGACCCGGAUUCAGAGUCUGUUGAUGUUGUCCAGCAAGAGAUUGACGCGUACCCCCUAAACGAACUGGAGCAUGUUGCGGAGCAGGCAGACCACUUGAACAGCAACCAGAGGGAUAUUUUUGACCAAGUUAUUGCUGCUGUGAGCAGACCGGUUGGAGGGGAGAAGCUUUUCUUUUUGGAUGGUCCGGGUGGAACAGGAAAGUCGUUUCUACUCGAGCAAAUACUCGCUCACGUUCGGAUGCAACGUAAGGUUGCCAUCGCGGUUGCAUCGAGUGGGAUUGCAGCCACUCUGUUAACUGGAGGUCAUACCGCGCAUUCAACGUUUCGGAUUCCCCUCAAACUAACAGAGACGUCGACGUGCAGCCUUUCAUGGCAGAGCCAAAAAGCCGAAUUGAUUCGUAGCGCGAGUUUGAUCAUUUGGGACGAAGCGCCGAUGAUGAACCGAGCUUGCUUUGAGGCUGUUGACAGGUCGCUUCGGGAUAUCAUGAAGAACGAGCUGGAGCCGUUCGGUGGAAAGGUAAUGGUGUUCAGCGGUGAUCACCGCCAGAUUCUACCUGUACUUAAGAAUGCUACGCGUGCGGAGACGAUUCAAGCUUGCUUCAAGUCUUCUCCCCUAUGGGAGCAUUUGCGUCAAGUGCGGCUGACCGAGAACAUGCGUGUCCGCACCGCCCCAGACGCGGCCAGUGCGGCUGAGCUAGCAGAGUUCUCUGAAUUUUUACUUCAAAUCGGAGAAGGCCGUUAUCCAGUCAACCAUGAGAUCGGUGAUGGCGACAUAUGCCUUCCACGCGACAUGUGUAUCAUCCCAGAACGACGGGUCCAACAAAUUACCUCUGAUGAAGAAGACGCGGAUAUGGAGCCUCCCCCAAGUUUCAGGCUACUACCUCCGGCGGACGAGGAGCACGAGCGAGACUUGGACGAAGUUGAAGAAGACCGACGAGUCCGCAAUGUCAACGCCUUGAUAGAUGCGGUGUACCCGGGCGUUGAUACUGAGAAUUUACCCGAUGAAUACUUCGUUGAGCGGGCCAUACUAGCCCCCACAAAUGCAAGUGUUCGGCGUAUCAACGACAUGGUUGCGGAACGGCUAUCGGGUGAGACGAAGGAGUAUCUCUCGGUGGACAGCCUCGAAGGGGUCGCGGAUACAAACAUGUUUGAGCAGGAGUUCUUGAACUCGCUUAACUUCUCCGGUAUCCCUCCGCACAGAAUUGUUCUGAAGGUUGGAACACCUAUCAUCAUGAUUAGAAACCUGAAUAGCGACGCAGGACUUUGCAACGGAACGCGGCUUCGGGUUGUGUCACUGCGCGAGAGAAGCAUCGAGGCCAGCAUUAUGUCCGGGCCGUUCAAGGGUAAGAAGGUGUUCAUUCCUCGGAUCGUCUUUUAUAGUGAGGACGAUGACAAGGAGUUCCCGUUCAAACUCAAGCGUAAGCAGUUCCCCGUGGUUCCAGCGUUUGCCAUGACUAUCAACAAGGCCCAAGGACAAUCGAUCCACCACGUGGGUAUCUACUUGGAAUCACCGGUCUUCGCACAUGGCCAGCUGUAUGUGGCUUUGUCGAGAGUGACUUCAAGGAAGGCGAUCAAGAUUGCUGUGGAUCCAGAGGCCAUCGAUGAGGACGGGAGCGUACACACCAACAAUAUUGUGUACAGAGAGAUCUUUGGAACGCGGACUUGGUAG